CUCCCCGGCGUCUGCGCGGUGGGAGGGCGGGAGGAGCACGGAGGGGAGGCCCUCAGGGCCGCCUCACUCCUCUCCUCCCGUCUUUUCUCCUCCUCUCCCCUCCCCGCCCGCCUCAGCCGGCGGCACCUCCGGGCGGCGGCUCCUCCCCCGCCGCGGCGCGGCUGUGGCAGCCCGGCAGCAUGGCGGCGGUGGAGACCCGCGUCUGCGAGACGGAGGGCUGCAGCAGCGAGGCCAAACUGCAGUGCCCGACCUGCCUCAAGCUGGGAAUCCAGGGCUCCUACUUCUGCUCUCAGGAAUGCUUUAAAGGAAGCUGGGCAACUCACAAGUUAUUACACAAGAAAGCAAAAGAUGAAAAAGCCAAGCGUGAAGCUUCCUCUUGGACACUGGAAGGUGAUGUGAACACAAAUCCCUGGUCUGGUUAUAGAUAUACUGGUAAACUCAGGCCACACUAUCCACUGACACCAACAAGACCUGUGCCAAGCUACAUUCAAAGACCAGAUUAUGCUGAUCACCCCCUAGGAAUGUCUGAAUCAGAACAGGCUUUAAAAGGAACCUCUCAAAUAAAAAUACUCUCCUCAGAAGACAUAGAAGGGAUGCGAGUAGUCUGUAGGCUUGCUAGAGAAGUAUUGGAUGUUGCUGCCAUGAUGGUGAAACCAGGUGUAACUACUGAAGAAAUUGAUCAUGCUGUCCAUUUAGCUUGUAUUGCAAGGAAUUGCUAUCCUUCCCCUCUGAAUUAUUACAAUUUCCCUAAGUCGUGCUGUACGUCAGUGAAUGAAGUGAUCUGCCAUGGAAUUCCUGACAGGAGGCCAUUGCAGGAGGGAGAUAUUGUUAAUGUGGAUAUUACUGUCUACCGUAAUGGCUACCAUGGAGAUCUGAAUGAGACCUUUUAUGUUGGAGAAGUUGAUGAGGGUGCAAAAAGGCUUGUCCAAACGACUUAUGAGUGCCUAAUGCAAGCCAUUGAUGCAGUGAAGCCUGGUGUUCGGUACAGAGAACUGGGAAACAUUAUUCAGAAACAUGCUCAAGCAAAUGGAUUUUCAGUGGUUCGGAGCUACUGUGGGCAUGGAAUCCAUAAACUUUUCCAUACGGCCCCUAAUGUGCCACAUUAUGCCAAAAACAAAGCAGUUGGAGUCAUGAAGCCAGGUCAUGUAUUUACAAUUGAACCAAUGAUCUGUGAAGGUGGUUGGCAAGAUGAAACGUGGCCUGAUGGUUGGACUGCAGUAACAAGGGAUGGCAAGAGAUCUGCACAGUUUGAGCACACCCUCCUGGUCACUGACACAGGCUGCGAGAUCCUGACCCGGCGGCUGGACAGUAUUUGUCCCCAUUUCAUGUCUCAGUGAUAUCCUGGACUGAGCAGGUGGAUCUGAACAAUACAGUACUUUUUUUUUUUUUUUUUUUUUUCCUUUUGAGCUCUGUACUAUGCAUUUUUUUAAGAGUACAGAAUAGAUUUCAUCACUUACUCGUUCUCAGUGGUUGCAGGUAAGAGGAAUAUCUUGAGAAACCUGACCCGGUGUCUGGAAAAGCAGAGAAGAAUUUAAAGAAUUUCCUGCUUUCCUCCUACCUACAACACAAGCUAUAUUUUUCUUUUUUCUUCGGUUCUCUCUUCAGCACCUUUCUUCCAAUUAGACUCACAAAUGCUUCUCUUGCUGGCCUGACAUUAGCUAGAAAAGUGUGGGUAAUCUUCCACACUGGAACUUGGUAUUUUGGGAUCCAGGUUUUUUUUCACCACUUCAGUGUGUCCUGUUUCUCUUGGUAUGUGAAUGGCACCUGAGAUUUUAAGCAUUUCUAGUUCCAAAGACCUGCUGCUGCUUCUGCAAAUACUGUUCUGAUGGGCUGGGCCUUUUUUGCUUAUCAGUUGAGAAGGGGGCAGAAGGGAGAGACAUGCAUUGGGCCAUGAGAAGGCUACCCUUACCUUUAAUUCUGUCCUCAUCUCUGCUGAUGGCCUCUGUAGGUGACACUGUUAAUGAUAGAGUGGCCUUACUACAGGCAAAAUUAAUGAAUUCUGUCUUAUAUGCAGCUCCCUGGAAUAAGCUGCUUGUCAUUGAAGCAGUAUUUGCAAGCAGACUCCUGAUCCAAAAGCUUGGUGAAGCUGAUGUAUCAAACUUGCCUAGGGAAAGGAAUGAAACAAGAACCAAAAAGAUUAAUGGGAUCCCUGCAUGUGUUAACUGUGGGGCAUUUUUUUAAAGGUACAUCCACAGUAGCUGUGGAGUAUUGGAUUUGCAAGACUUAGAGUGAACUAAGUUACCUAUCUCAAGUCUGAGUGUGAGAAAAUGAAACACUUUCAAUGCUGCAUUCAUUUUCUUUUGGUACUUUUUAAACAGGUUAUUCCCCUUCCAUUCCACCCCUACCACCCCCCAGUUAAGUGAGUUUCAUUCUUUUGGCAAGUUAAGGGGGGCAGCUAUGAAAACUGAUCUUUUUUUCUCAGACUGGGUAUAAAAGUGGGCAAUGUUAGAAUCUACACCCCUUUAUUUUCUGUUUAUGGUUCCUGAUGAGCUGGAGACUGUCAUGGCAAGGAAUGUGGAUUGAUAAAGCCUCUUCUCUCUACCCUUUCUUUUCCCAUGCCUGCUUCCUUUCCAGCAUCUUUGGUGCAUCUGCUGAGGGAAUUUAUUUUUUCUUCUAAAUUGUAAGGAAAAAAUGUUCAGCCCCCAUUGCAGACUCAAGUCUUAGACCACUGUAAUGCAAGAAACAGUUAGUUAACCAGUGCAGACAUUCAGUUGUGCAGACAUUCAGUUGUACAGUCAUGGGCAUAAAAUACACCUUUUACCAGGUGUCUGGUGAAUUUGUUGCCACAUUAGACCCAAGCAUAUGAGGUACUUGAGACCCUUGUGUCCCCUUGGCACUGCAGGAUCUAGGUGGGGGAGGCAGGUUAGUGCUUCAUAGAACUGGACUUGUGUACAACCAAAUUUGCCAGAAAAUGUCUUCUUUGCCCUGAGUGCCUCAGACCUCUGUUGCUGUAAGAGUAUAAUUGCAAUGUUUUCAUUACCUUUAUUAUUAUUUUUAAUUAUGCAGUAAAGUGACCUGAAAUUGUGCAUAUAGAGAGUGUGUGUGUACGUAUGGGUGUGUGUGAGCAUAGAUUUUAACAGAAUGGACUCUAGUACUUGAGUGGAGUUACCUGUGUUGAAUGAGAUGUGAUGUAUUGAGGAGAUGACUGUCCUGGAGUUUUGCCCACCAUAUCAUUCACUUGAAUGGUUACAAUGGUCUUGCCUUUUCUAUAUGUGUGUGUGUAUGAUGGGGGUGGGCUUAAUUUUUUGGUCUAUAAAAUAAACGUUGCAGCUGCUUUUAAGAGAAA